AUGGCGGAAGCUCAGCAUGCGGCGCAGCUUUGGCAGUAUAUCGCAGCUCAUCCAAUCCUUGCGGUACUUGCUGGCUUUACAAGCGGGAGCGCGUUCUAUGCCUCUUUGACUCAUCCUGCCUCACCAAUCGGCUUUGGUCGUCGCCUCACUGCAGCUGAAGCACAUGGACCGCUCCCAGUAGACAUACCAGUGGAUGUUGAUCCUCUGCCUCUACCAGCUGCAGAACCGGCGAUCCCGCCUUUCACCAAAAUCGACCUUCCACACAUGACGGCCUACGGUGCUCUGCAGCCAGUAGCCCUCCAUGCCCAGACCACUCUUGAUUCAGGCCAUCUUCUCGCCCCGGUGACUCCUAGCAGCGGGCAAGAAAUCUGCAUGCUCUCAGGAGUACUCGUUGCGCUCGUUGGCAUUGGUGCCGCCUUCACAUCCAUCGAAUAUUUGCGCCGGAAAAAUGCUAGGAGAGCGCUCUCGGAUGAUGAUGCCAUUGCUUGGCUACAGUCUCAAAUCAACAAUGCAAAGGCCGACAUUCAAACUCUUGACAAUCAGCUUCAGACUGCUCAAGGCAUCAAUCAGACUCUUAGCACUCGUCUUCAGAGCCUGCAGAGCGUUCAGACCAAUAGUCAAACUCUCGCCGAUCAGCUUCAGAGUGUUCAGACUAAUAGCCAGACUCUUAGCGCUCAGCUCCAGAGUGUUCAGACCCACAAUCAAACUCUUAGCAUUCAGCUUCAGAGCGUUCAGACUAACAGCCAGACUCUCGCCAAUCAGCUUCAGGGUGUUCAAGCCGAUUUGAUGACUUCUCAAGCAUCGGAGCGGUCCUGUCAGAAUAGCAUAAGAGCCUUGCAGACACGUCUGGACCUGGUCAGGACGGUUGAACUGGCGGAGGCCAACCAGCAGCUGGAAAACACUCUUCGUGAGAAGGAAUACAUCAAUGAGGCAUUGAGACAACUGGCGGAGGAUCAUCAGGCGGCUCUUCGGGACCACCAGACGUCCUUGAAAAGGGAGCAAGACGCCCACGUCGCAGCUUUGACAGCCUCGGAGGCUGAAGCAAGUGAAGCGAAUGACCGCAGGAUGUCUCAACUUGCCGCUGAGAAGGCUGCUCUCGAGCGAGAGCGAGACAACAACAUCGCUGCUUUAAUAGCCUCGAAAGCUGAAGUAAGCAAAGCGAAUGCCCUCAUAAUGUUGCAAGAGGAGACGGCCACAGCUUCGAUGACUGCUCUUGAGCGAGAGCGAGACAACAACAUCGCCGCUUUGACGGCUUCGAAAGCUGAAUUGAGCAAAGCGAAUGCCCUCAGAAUGUCGCAAGAAGGGACGGCCACAGCUGAGAUCGCUCAUCUCAAGCAAGAGCGACUUAACUACAUCGCGACUUCAACAGCUUCAAAAGAUGCAGCGCUCGAAGCGAGUCAACUUAGGGUGACAAAUCUGAUGACCGAGAAGGCGACCCUUGAGCAAGAGAAUCUCGCUUUGAUGCGGAAGGAACAGGGCCAGAUCGUACAUCAGACCGCCAUUGAGGCCAAGGUAGAUAACUGGGUCGCCAAAUGCUCUGCCUAUGAACAGGAGCUCAAAGAGCAUGAGGGGGAGAGCUCCGCUUACAGGAAGAAUUGCAAAGACAUCAUGGCCGACAUGAUGCGCAUGAUUGCCGAGAAAGACACCGUUAUCUCAUCUCUCGAGACUCAGCUGCACAAUUCCAAAAUCACCACAGCUACUGCAGGCGUAGAACUCGAUUCGGAGCGAUUACGGCUUCAGUCUGAGAUUGGCAGCAUGCAGCAAGAGGAAGAAAGACGGACUACGGAGCUUGAAAGCCAAUUCGACACUAUCGAGUCUGAUAUGAAUGACCUCAAUGAAAGGCUCCAGUCUCUCCAAGACGAGAAGGAGCAGCUAACAACUGACCUUACCUCUGCUCGGCAAGCUUGCGCUGAGAAGGAUGGCAACAUCUCGGGCCUCCAAAGCGAGAACGGGCAAUUGUCUUCUGAGCUUGAGUCUCUCAACCACGAGAAGGAGCAGCUGACAAUUGACCUCACCUCUUCUCGGCAAGCUUGCGCUCAGAAGGAUGACAACCUCUCGAGCCUCCAAAGCGAGAAUGGGCGACUGUCUUCCGAGCUCCACCGAUCUCAACAAGAAUGCUUCAGGCAGGACGAGGUCCUCGAUAGCUCUAGGGAGUCUGAAAAGAAAAAGCAUGAUGAGCUUGGGGAAGCUCUCCAUUAUAUGAGCCAACUGGAGUCAGAGGUCGACGAGUUAAGAGCCAGCGAAAACAACCUUGAGGUCGAGUUGCAAGAAUUGCGACAGGAGCAUUCCACCCACAUCGGAAAGAUCGAAGCUGAUCAAGACGACGUCACCGCAGCCGCGGUCAAGGCUGCUGUCGAUGCUGUUGUUUCGCGCGAGCAGGAGGAGACGAAAUCCACCCUUGACAAGCAUACUGCCGAGCUUGAGAAGCUCAAGAGUGAGCACGACAUUGCCACCGACUCUGCGGUCAAGGCUGCAAUCGACAACGAGCGGAAGAACGCUCAAGCUGCUCGCGAGAAUAUGGUCUCCGAGCACACCGCAGCCAUGGAAGAUGUCAAGCAGAAAGCAAAUCUGGAUGAGAAAGAGCUCGCCCGGAAACACGAGCUUACUAAUCAGCACACUGUGACGCGCCUUACGACUGAGAAGACCGAUGCAGUCAACAAGGCUCAGUCCACUAUCAUACCUCUGGAGAAGGAGCUUGAGGAGACUCGUCACACCAUCUCAUCGCUCGAGAACAAGCUUGAUGAGAAUCGUGGUACCAUCUCAUCCCUGGAGAACAUGCUUGAGGAGGCGAACACGCGUGCCAUAUCUCCGGAGAAGGCACGUGGAGAUCUGCAGGCCCAUUUGGACGAUCUGAAGGACGAAAAGAUCGCUGCCGAGAAUUCACUCAAGGGACAACUUAAACAGCAUCAAAGUGCUAAACAGCUAGAAGUCGCCGCCAAAGACCGCGAGAUUGCCGAUAUCACCAAGAAGGCCAACGACCUUUCUGCCGAAAUCGCCGAACAGGGUCAACGUUCGCAACAACUCGAAGUGCAACUUGAGCAGAAGACCGGGGAGCUAUCCAGCCACUUGGAAUCGCAUGCUGCCGAAGUUCAGCGCAUCGGCGAUAUUAACGAACAGCAGCUGAUCCAGAUCCAAUCCUUGAACGAGAGUGCGGAGAAGGACAAGACCGAGCUUAACAGCUUGGCGCGCGAGAACGAAAAGCUGCAAAUUCAAGCCGAUGGCGAUGCUGCAGCAGUUCAGGCUGAAAUUCAACGUCUGGAACAGACCGUCGACAAGACUGAUGCCAUGCUUACGGCCUUACGCGACGAGCUGCAUGCUAGUACACAGGAGAAAGAGCAGGCUGUCAUGGAGCUUGAAGAACAGCGCAUGGUUGAUGAACAGGAGACAGCUACCAAUCUCCGAACUGACCGCGUCAAGGUCCCCGACGGGCUCAGAUGGUCAAAUGCCACCACGAAGGAUGACUACCAGGAUGUCGUCCGCCAUGGUAUCAUCCAGCAAGGCAAGUAUAGGUUAGAGGGUCUAGUGCCUCUACUUCUGCCAUACACCGACCCAUUCUAUUCUGAGCUACCCCAACCCAUCCCACAGCCUUGCAAUUUCUCUGACGGAGGCGAUAUGCACUCAUGCGGCCAUUGCCAUGAGACUUACGGCCGCCGAGACUACUACAACCACGGAAAGAUGUGUGGGUUCUUCUUUACCGACUAUGCCGUGUUUUGCACACACUGCGAAUCUCUCUUUCUGUCAAAUGGUGCUUUCAAGAAGCACGAAGAAGUGUGCGGUAAGGCCCGUAAGUCUGGCAUUGCACCCGAGGUUCUCGCGAAGCAGCCGCCUAUGGAUGAGUUCGACGUCCUUAAGAAGAACGCGACUCAGACUCCCUCUACCUCAUCCUCAUUCCAAGACAUCGCGCAGAAGAAGUCAGCUGCUCUGGGCUCAGUUCCUGAAGAUACUCUUGUUCGUGCAGUCCUACCUUUCGCUGAUCGGGACUAUGCGUCUUGCAACCUACCAGAGCCAGUUGAGCUGGAUGCGGUACUUCCUCGAGGCUUCAUGGGCGACACAUUCGGCCAUAAGUUCUGGUGCGACAAUUGCAAGCUGUGGUACAAGAAGACUGCGAAAUCCGCGCAUCUUCUCGCCUGCAACUCCUUCUUCAAGGGUCGCGAUGGGCACCAUCCCCAUGCGUGUUGCCAAUUCUGUGGCGACAUUUUCCGAGACAAUGCGGGCUUCCUUAAGCACAUGGAGCUUUGUAAGAUGAGCCCAUCGAAGGAUCUCUGCUUGUUGUGCCACGAACUCUUCAACGUUGAGAGCAACGAGUUGGCUGAGCACACGCCAGAUUGCUACGCGAACCCAGAUCGCGCUCACUAUGUUCUCCCAGCACGACCUGAUCUUCGGAAGAAGGCUGCUGAAACUGGACUUGAGGCUCAAGGAUCUGAUAGCAACCUCACGAUUGGCAGUUCUUCUACUCCUACAGGCCCUGCAGUCGAACGUGCAGCUUCUGGAGACGCUCAAAAUGAUUGGCAACUUGGACCUCAGGCCCUUGCAUCUGCCAAAGAGUCCACCAAAAACACACCUGCGGCGGUUUCAUUGCCUGGUACUGAUCGUGCAUCUCCAAAACUUAUUGACGCACCUGGAGACAAGGAGCUAUCUGUUGCUCACACCACAACUACAACCAUCGCGGGCUCCAAUAUUACACCCACUGCGUCGCAGACGGCCUCUCCAUCUGCUAAGAUUGCCCCUGGCUCAUCCGAGUUCACCAAGGUUCAUAUUGGCGUGAACCGAUCACCACAGCCGCCUAUCCCUUCUACACCAUCUCCCAGCACGGUAUCUACUCCUAGGAGCUUUUCCAUCACGUCCAGCAGCAUACUCGCGACUCCUUUCGUGCCGAAGACCGUUUCUCCCACUCCAAACUUCCCGGGCCCACAGAGUGGCUUGGGCAUGUCGCGGUUCUCUCCCGGCUUCGUUGGCUCUCAUCCAGGUCCACCGAUGAACGCUUACAACAAUUACUCGCCAUCACCACCGCCCUCGAACUUCCAGCCUCGUGGCUUUGGUUAUGGAGGCCCACACCCUCCGCAGUUCAACUCUGGCAUCUCGACGCGUACGAUGAACAACCCCUUUUUACCACAUGAUCAGAACGACACCGGCUUCCAGCGGAACAUUUGGGACCCUAAUAGUUUCCAACCACAGAUUCAGGACAACAGAGCCUCCCCACAGAACAUGCAGGGCGCCACCGGUCUCCCGCCGCCUCAACCCAACGACUAUGGCUCUGCGCCAUCCACUUCCACUGGCCGCUUCUCGCGACCCAUCAACACUACCCUCGGCAGCGCUAACACUCGUACAUUUGUGUGCAAGCACUGCAACCUACGCCUUCCGAGAGGCAUGCUGUCGAAGCAUAUGCCUGAGUGCCGAAAGUGGCGCCACAGUGCGCGUGACACCCCACCGCCCAACAGCGACGACGCCAUCAAGUCUCCCGCCAGCGAUGAGUCUACCAACCCGCCCAGCAGCGAUGAUCCUACGCACCCGCCUGACAGCGAUGAUGCUAUCAAGCCGUAG